AUGCUUUCCGAGUCCGAGGAGACGGGGCCUUUGGGAGCCGCUCGGGAGUCACCGUGCAUCAAGACGGAGCCUGAAGUGCCGCGUCCUCAGGGGUUGGUGAGGGUGGGAGGGGGUCGGAGUGCUAUGAGAUGGACGCCCGUGAGUCAUGUCUCCAGGGAGAAGGGUCUGCUUGGCCUUCUGUCUGUCCGAGCCUGCCCCUCCCCACAGGCCCCGACUCCUUCCCAGGAAGAGAAAAGCCGAGACCAGCAGAUGGCCACGGCGCUCCUCACUGCUUGGUCACAGAUGCCGGUGACCUUUGAGGACAUGGCUUUAUACCUGUCCCGAGAGGAGUGGGGCCGCAUGGGCCAUGAACAGCAGCGAGUUUAUCGAGAAGCCCUGCAGAAGAAGAAUGGGCUGAACAUGGGGGUUUCCGGCAGCAGGCCUUUCUGGGCCUCCCAUGUGCAGGGGAAGGGUGAGGCCUCCAGCUCCAGCCUGCAGAGAGGAGACGAGGAGGAGAAGACGGUUGUGUGCACAGAUGCUGUGGACGUGGGCAAGGAGACUCUAGUCCCGGCUCCCUUUGGGGAUGUGAAGCCCUUCAGAAGCCGGGCAGGCAGAGCCCCAGGGGUGACCCUGCAGUGUGGCCAGCCCACAGCUGGUAGCCAGGGCUCAGGACAGACUGAGGACGACGGGCUGCCCAGGCCUCUGGAUCAGGGGCAGCGGGAGCCAGCCCUGCCAGCCACCAGCCUUCUGGACCCCCGGGAGAGCGGCGUUCCUGAGAAACCCAGUGAGGAGGAGAGACACACUGCCAUGGAGAGCAGCGAGGAGGGAAGCCAGUCUGGCCUGGCCACCAGAAGCAACUAUAUCAAGAAGAUCCAGAAGUGCGAGCAGUGCGGCAAAGUCUUCAGCAACCGCUCCAACCUCAACGCACACAGACGCAUCCACACGGGCGAGAAGCCCUAUGGCUGCCCGGACUGCGGCAAGUGCUUCAGCCACAGCUCCCACCUCACCACCCACCAGCGCAUGCACCUGGGUAUCCGGCCUUACUCCUGCCACCUGUGUGGCAAGAGCUUCACCCGCAACUCCACGCUGAUCCAGCACGAGCGCAUCCACACCGGCGAGAAGCCCUACGUGUGUGAUCUGUGCGCCAGGCCCUUCGCCCGCCGCUCCGAUCUGGUCGCCCAUCAGAGCAUCCACACUGGCAUCAAGCCCCAUAAGUGCCCCAUCUGCGGCAAGUGCUUCGUCCAGAGCUCGGCCCUGGUCACCCACCAGCGCAUCCACACUGGCAUCAUGCCCUACCCUUGCUCCGUGUGUGGCAAAGGCUUCAGCCAUCCCUCCAACCUUAUCGCCCACAACCGCAUCCACACAGGCGAGAAACCCUACCACUGCCUGGAGUGUGGCAAAAACUUCAACCAUAGCUCCCAUCUCAGCUCCCACCAGCGCACACACCACGGCUUCCGGCCCUUCUCCUGUUUCAUGUGUGGCAAGUGCUUCAGCCGCCGCUCCAACCUGAAACAGCAUGAGAAGACCCACACCACGGGGCCUAGGGCCCUGGCCAUGCAGGCGCUGGGGGCGGGGGCAGUGUCCCUGCCGCCACCCGCAUCAUCGUUGGCUAAGGAGGCUGCCACAGUGGGCCAGAGCUCUGGGGGAGAGCAAGGGCAGCAGCAGAAGGAGCGAGGAGGGUUUCGGAAGGGAGUUGGGCAGGCAGCUGGCAUGGGGUUGCUUGUAGCAAAGCAGGAGGAGCUGGGGCCUGAGGAGCCCGCACCUUAG